CCGGCCGCCCCCUUGUCCCCCUCCGGCCCGCCCUCCGGCCGCGUCCCCGCCGGCCCUGCCGACGUGGCGGGGCGGGACCCGCCCGGCGCUGCUGCGCGCACUCGGCCGCCUGAGCGAUAUUAAAAUGUCUGAUGAUGUCGGUGACACCCUAGCCACUGGAGAGAAAGCAGAAAUUACUGAGAUGCCUAGCAGUGGUUCUUUGCCCAAAGAUGCAGAAGUGCACUGUGAUUCAGCUACGAUUUCAAACGAGCCAACACCAGCCGACCCCAGAGGAGAUGAGCAUGAAAAUGCAGCCAUUCAAGGUGCAGAGACUGCUGACAUUAGGCACCCUGAGCAGCCCAAAGACAUCAGCGCCAUGGAGCCCCCCGUCAAUGGAGAAGUGACUGAGGACACGCUUACUGAAUGCAUUGACUCCGUCAGCCUCGAGGCAGAACCUGGAUCCGAAAUACCCCUGAAAGAACAGAGUAAUCCGGCCGUGGAUUCCCCUCCACAUGGAGGAGGAUGGGCCGGCUGGGGCUCCUGGGGCAAAUCUCUGCUCUCAUCAGCAUCUGCCACAGUAGGUCAUGGAUUGACAGCAGUCAAGGAAAAAGCAGGGGCCACCCUGCGGAUUCAUAGUGUAAAUUCCAGCUCUUCUGAAGGGGCCCAAACUGAUACCGAAAAUGGAGUCCCUCAAAUAGCAGAUGCAGCCACAGAUGAGAGCCCCGCAGAAAGCCCACCUGCUUCUCCUUCCUCAGGGUCUCGGGGCGUGCUGUCAGCCAUCACCAGCGUGGUUCAAAACACAGGUAAAAGUGUCUUAACGGGAGGUCUCGAUGCUCUGGAAUUCAUCGGCAAGAAAACCAUGAACGUCCUUGCAGAGAGCGACCCAGGCUUUAAGCGCACCAAGACACUCAUGGAGAGAACUGUGUCCUUGUCUCAGAUGUUGAGGGAAGCCAAAGAGAAAGAGAAGCAGAGACUGGCGCAGCAGCUCACGGCCGAGAGGACUGCGCACUACGGGAUGCUGUUUGAUGAGUACCAAGGUUUGUCACACCUGGAAGCCCUGGAAAUUCUGUCCAAUGAAAGUGAAAGCAAGGUUCAGUCAUUUUUAUCAUCACUUGAUGGAGAGAAGCUGGAACUCUUAAAAAAUGACCUAAUUUCCAUAAAAGACAUCUUUGCAGCCAAAGAAUUAGAGAAUGAAGAGAAUCAAGAAGAACAAGGUAAAGGCUUAGAAGAAAAGGGAGAAGAAUUUGCUAGCAUGCUCACAGAGCUUCUCUUUGAAUUACAUGUCGCAGCCACGCCUGACAAACUCAAUAAGGCCAUGAAAAAAGCUCAUGACUGCAUGGACGAAGAUCAAACCGUGGUGUCGGUAGAUGUGGCAGAAGAGUCAGAGGAGAAAACUAAAAAGGAAGAAGGGGAAGAAAAACCUGAAAACCCCAAAGAAGACGGAAAGGAAGGAAGGAGAACGAAGACAGUUGAGGAAGUAUACAUGCUGUCCAUCGAAAGUCUGGCAGAAGUAACAGCACGCUGUAUUGAGCAGCUUCAUAAAGUAGCAGAAUUAAUUCUUCAUGGACAAGAAGAGGAAAAAUCAGCUCAGUACCAAGCAAAAGUUCUCAUAAAAUUAACUACUGCAAUGUGCAAGGAAGUGGCCUCUUUAUCAAAAAAGUUUACAAAUUCUUUAACCACUGUUGGGAGCAACAAGAAGGCUGAGGUCCUUAACCCCAUGAUCAAUAGUGUGUUGUUAGAGGGCUGCAAUAGCAUGACAUACGUACAGGACGCCUUCCAGCUGCUACUGCCCGUUCUGCAGGUUUCACACAUCCAGACCAGUUGUUCAAAAGCACAGCCGUGACCUGGCCAGACUCCAUCUAAUUAAAGGAAAUGGCAGGCCAUGUUGCUUUGAUAUAUAUACCAUUUAAUGGGAUGUUUCCUACACAUCUGACCACAGAUGCCCAUUUGAGGACACUACAAGCAGUUUUGCACAGACAGUAUUGAGAAUGCAAGUUUAAAGAAAGUAUCAUUUCUCUUAAUGUAUAUGGUUGUUUUUAGAAAUAAUUGUAUUUUUCUUCAUGUUAAUUUAAA